CUGGAAGUGCGUCUUUACGCAGAGGAGAAACUAUCCUGGAAAGUAUUGAGUGUAUUGAAUAUAUAUUCAGGUUUUCAGUAUUAUUCCCGCUGCGUUACAACAGGUGUGCGCUCUUCUGCUCUUUCACUGUAGUCUCAUGUGUGCCAUCGGUUUGUCUCACACUGCAGCUGGAAAUAACUUUAAAGACUGAUCAUAUGAAUCCGUAAAGUCCAACUGUACAACAAGUCACGACAUUAUGUCAACAUCCAUGGAAAUAACUGAUUAACCGAGAGAGCUUCGGACGUUUUUCAACAGUGACCAGGAGAAAAAAGGCUGUCGUGGAGGUAAGGGUUCCCAGUCCUGUGUGGGAUGUUAACAGACUGGUGGCGCGUUGAGGCUGAAGGAGCAUGGUGAAACACCAACCCUUACAGGUCUAUGAGAAGCAGGUGUUUGUGUCCUUUGUCACUGGGAUCUAUGGUUGCCGCUGGAAACGCUACCAGCGUUCCCAAGACGACAGCUCCAAGUGGGAGUGUGCAUGGUUCAUCAUCUUGUGCAGUUCUUUCUUUCUGCUGCUCUUUUGGGCCUACUUCUGGUUGGUGGCUCAAAAUGAUUUCAACGACUUCAACUGGUCGGUAUACAACCGCUCUGGAGAAUGGAGGGAUGAGACGAUCCCUAUCCUGGCAUCCACCACCGUGGGAUUCAGCUACAUUACAUUCUUAAUGAUUUUAGCACUUUUCCACAUAUCGUUGGGCCAGCAGCUGAACCUCUACUGGGUUCACAAGAUCGGAGUGUUGGCUACGCUACUCACCACGAUUUCUGGUGUCAUCUCUGUUGAUGAUCUAUGGGGGGAUGAGUGGGACAUCCUACUUGUAUCACUGCAGUCCACAGCACCUUUCCUGCACAUUGGAGCCCUGGCAACAGUCACAGCUAUCAGCUGGUUGGUAGCUGGAUAUGUGGUCCGCAGAGAGAGAUCCAAUUUCCAAGUGAUGGUGUUGGUGACAUACAUUACCAUCCUCCUGGCUCUCUAUUUGGUACCACUCACUUUCACCUGUCCCUGCAUCAUGGACCGCCACAGCCUCAAACAUCGACCAGACAUCAUUGGUCGACGGGGAGCUCCUAUGCUGGCUCCAGAAAACACCAUGGUGUCCUUUAACCGAGCCCUGCAGCAUGGAGCCACCUCCCUGGAAGCUGACGUCACUCUCAGUGUGGACGGGGUUCCCUUCCUCAUGCGAGACCGCACCUUGAGGAGAACCACAGAUGUUAGUAAGGUCUUUCCAUCCAGAAAGCAUGAAGAUGCCUCUUUCUUCAACUGGACUGAGAUACGCUCUCUAAAUGCGGGGCAUUGGUUUUUGGAGAGUGACCCCUACUGGACAGUAGAGAGCCUGUCGGCGAGGGAUCGGGGCCGAAUAGGCAACCAGACAGUUUGCAGUCUGGUGGAAAUGUUGCGUUUGGCGGCCCGGGCCAACGGCUCGGCAAUGCUCAACAUCCGCAAGCCUCCAGCAGAGCACCCACGCUACCGGAGCUGGUUCAUGGACACGCUGUGGGCUGUGCAGAAAGCAGGGAUCUCCCAGAAGAGGGUGAGGACUGUGACGUGGACCCCCGACACGGACAGGGGGAGGGUGCGAGGCUUUCAGCAGACAGCAAACGAGAAGCUGUCAAUAGCAGAGAUGAAACACAGGGGGAUCACGAGCCUGACCCUCCACUACAGCAAGGCCAGCUACAGAGAAAUACAGGAGUAUCUGGCCAAUAAUGUGAGUGUGACUGUCUACCCAGUGAAUGAGCCCUGGCUCUACUCCAUUAUGUGGUGUAGUGGGGUGCCUUCUGUGUCCUCUGAUGCCCCCCAAGUCCUCCAAAAGGUGCCUUACCCCAUCUGGCUCAUGAGCCAGAGCGCUUACGGCUUCAUCUGGAUCGCCUCAGAUCUAGUCUCCUUGGCCAUAGUCAUAGGGAUUUUCUGUUUCCAGAAGUGGAAGAUGAGCGGGAUGCAGAACUAUAACCCAGAGCAGAUUAUGCUGAGCGCUGUGACGCGUCGGACCAGUCGGGACGUUAACAUCAUGAAGGAGAAGCUCAUAUUCUCAGAGCUGAACAAUGGGCUCAGCAGUACAGAGGAGCUCUCUCUGUAUCCUGAGAACGGUUAUGCCAGAUACUCUCAUGGAGGCCCCAGCCGCUGAUUUCAUCACUACUCCACCUGAAACCAUGGGGACGGUGAACAUUGAACGACGCUGGAUGUUAUUUUGCUGUCAGAGCAAAAAAAGGAGGAGGCCUACUGAUUGAACUAUCAUGAAGUUAUGUGCAAGAUCAUUUUUGGAUCAGUUUCAGGAGUAUUUGUCCACAGGGACUCUCCCAUCAUCUAGCACCUAGUAACAAUUAGCUACAGUAAAUAGAAACAUCUGCAUUCAUUUUAACAAUAUAAUGCAUACGACUGCCUGUCUAAAUCACAUUCCAUCAAAAUUAUUCACCAUUCACCUUGAAACUAUAUGUAAGAAAUUGUUGUUUUUUUUCCAUUUUAAGGUAAAAUAUUUGUGUGCUAAACAGCUGUUUAAUCAGUAGACGAAUGUCUUCAGAUUGAAUUUCAGCCCGAACCAAUUAAACCAGGCGAAAAUGCAAUGUGUGGUCUGUGUUAAAACCAAUUUAAAUCCAAUUAUAGCACAUGGACAUUGUUAUCUAGUAUUAAAAGAAUGAACGGAACCUGGUUCUAAUACAAAUCUCGGGCUAGAAAUCAAUCUGACAAACGUGAGACAACAAAAAGACUUUGAGUUCAGUCUGUUUGCUCAGUGACCUUCUCAAAAGUCUUAUUGGAGCUAAUAAAGGCUGUAAUGUUGUAUUUGUCCAUGUCAUUUACUUCACUGUUGUUUUAUAACAGAGGGAAUGGGCUGUGUAGAAUUCUGUAUUAUACAAUGAUGUAAAUAUGAGUUGUUUUACAUGUUUUUAUUUCUUUAUCCCUCUGAGAGGAUUUUCAGUGGUUUGGACAUCUGAAUUGUGUAUUCUAUGUUUGCAUUUAUUAUGACUGAUGUCCUCUUUUAUGUGUGACAGACAGAUUAGGACAUGCAUGAGACUUCAUUUCUUGCAGUUUUAUAGAGUAAGAGGGUUUCGAAGGGUGGGGUGGGGGGUGAUCACUAUAUUCUUGUCCAAAUUCUUAUCUUUUUCUCUGCCUCUCAUCUGUCAUGCCAUGAUUGAUUUUACUUUAUAGUCAUAUUAGUUGUUACAACUUUCACAUGGCUGCCUUUUUGUUAAUUUGAUGGAUUGGUAGAAUAUUGUAGAAUGUUUUGUGUCUAUACAGUAGCUUAAUAAUAAGGGUACAAAUUUCAAGAUACAACUACACUUUUAGCUGCAGACUGAUCAAUAAAAGUGAUCUUUUUCUCUUUGGAAUUUGUGUAGGUUGUCUUUUUGUGGAAGAUGUAUAAGACACUAGCAAUGGGAAUUAAAAUACAAAAAUUUGGAUUGACAGUAGAAAAGUUUAAAUAUUGCAUUUCCAACAAACCUAAACUUAAGUUAAGACACAGAAAACAAUUAUGUGAAUUUUUAACAUAUUUCCAGGCAGCAUAUGCUUUUAUUUCAAAACAUUUGCUGCUUCAGGUGUAAUUGAUUUUGACCUCAAUGGUUAAAUGCUGAUAAAAUUCAGAUUUAUUUUUGGCACAUCCUGUGUUGUUUACUACUCGCUAUAACUCUACAUUAGGAUGCACAGCACUUUGUUGCUAUGGUAUUGACCAUGUG